GUGUGUCCAUGUGUCUCUCUCUUUCCCUCUCUCUCUCUCUCCAGCAGGAACAGGGGUGAGUGUACUGCUCUGGUUCCUGCCCUGACUUAUGCUGGUUCGUUUGGGUUUUUUUUGUUUUGUUUUGUUUUGUUUUUUAACUACCUCCUUCCUCUGGCUCUCUCUUCCUCUCUUUUCUUAGUUCCUCGCCUACUGAUACUAGACCAAGCAUGGAGAGUAACCAGCACACAGAUCUGUCUGCCGAACAACAGCCACCCCCUUCUGCAGAGAGCAACACUUUGUUGUUACCUCAUCAGAAUGGCCUGGACAAACAAACAGAGCAGAAUCCAGAGCCCAAGUCUCAGAUACCUGAGAAAGAAGCAAGUGCUGACCCUGAAAACAUGGGGAGUGAUAUUUCCGAAGAGCUCAAUCGGCAGCUGGAAGACAUUAUAAAGACCUAUGGGUCUGCCUCCAGCCUCGUGGGGAAAGAGAGCAGUAUGAGAGAUAAGGAGAAGUCUGAGAAGGCAGAAUCCUUCAACCAUGAGGAAGGGGAAUAUGAAGAUGCAAAUGAUGACAGCGAAAAAGAACCAAUAGCUGCUGGAGAAGCCCCCAUAUCUGCAGUCAGGGAGCCUUUCAGCAACAAGGAACAAAAACUGGAAAAGAAAAUCCUAAAAGGACUAGGCAAAGAAGCUACUCUGCUGAUGCAAAAUCUGAACAGACUGCCAACAGCUGAGGAAAAACUUGAAGUUUUAUUUAAGAAGUACGCUGAAUUGCUGGAAGAGCACCGGGCUGAGCAGAGGCAGCUAAAGCACCUGCAGAAGAGACAGGCCCAGAUCAUCAAGGAGAAGGACCAGUUGCAGAGUGAGCACAGCAAAGCCAUCCUGGCCCGGAGUAAGCUGGAAAGUCUGUGCCGCGAGCUUCAGAGGCAUAAUAAAACUCUCAAGGAGGAAACUCUCCAGAGGGCACGUGAGGAAGAUGAGAAAAGGAAAGAGAUCACAAGUCAUUUUCAGGGCACACUGAGUGACAUCCAGGCUCAGAUUGAGCAACAGAGUGAAAGAAACAUGACACUAUGCCAAGAGAACACAGAGCUAGCAGAGAAAUUGAAAAGCAUCAUUGAUCAGUAUGAACUCAGAGAAGAGCAUCUGGAUAAAAUAUUUAAGCACCGGGAACUCCAACAGAAGCUGGUAGAUGCGAAACUUGAACAAGCCCAAGAAAUGAUGAAGGAAGCAGAAGAGCGACACCAGCGAGAAAAGGAAUAUUUACUGAACCAAGCAGCUGAGUGGAAGCUUCAGACUAAGAUGCUGAAAGAACAAGAGACAGUCCUGCAGGCCCAGCUUACUCUCUACUCUGAGAGGUUUGAAGAGUUCCAGAAUACGCUGACAAAAAGCAAUGAGGUAUUUGCCACUUUCAAGCAGGAAAUGGAUAAAACAACGAAGAAAAUGAAAAAGCUGGAAAAGGAUACAGCCACGUGGAAAUCGAGAUUUGAAAACUGUAACAAAGCACUCCUGGACAUGAUUGAAGAGAAAGCAGUGAGGACUAAAGAAUAUGAGUGCUUUGUGAUGAAAAUUGGAAGGCUAGAAAACCUCUGUAGAGCUCUGCACGAGGAGAGGAAUGAGCUAUACAAAAAAAUUAAAGAGGCCAAAAUCCCUGAAAAAGAAGAAAAUAAAAACACCUCAGAAGAAGAGUCUGACACAAAUACCCCAGUUGAUGGAACAGCUGAUGGACAGCUCUGGCCUCUGUCAUAGGGUGUCAAGACACUCUGACCUGAUGAACAUGAAGGAUUGAAGUAAGAAAAGGAAUUUCAGAGAUGGGAACAUGGGUAGAUCUUGCUCUUUUCUGUUGCAUUGUUUCAAAUCUUUUGCUGUAAUCAGAAGGCAUAUUUUGAUUCUUCUAAUCCCUUGGUCUAGCCUCAUAUAUGUCUAUUACAUUCUUUUUCAUAGACAUCCAAAUCUGCUUUUUAACAUUACCUGUCUUCUUUACUUUCCCAACAAAAAAGGGAGGUAAGAGAAAGAUAAAAGAAGGGACAAUAUUCUGCUUGGGAUAAAUGUUAUGGUGAUACUAGAUGAUGGAGAGAAAGUAGAAAUACUCAACUCUUCUUUUGCUUCUGUUUUCUCUGCCAAGAAGAAUUAUCUUCAAACUGUAAAUUUAGAAUAAAAAUUGUCAAAAGGAAAAACCCAAGGUAAGUUCAAAGGGAAAGCUCAUAGUAAGUGAGGAGGCAAUUAAAGAGCACCUAGUAGCUUUCAAGAGACCACGGGAUGAUAGUACUGUUGACCUGGAACCCAUUAAAUGAUUGGUCCCAAAGAAUGGUAAUGAGCAGAUUAAUGUCAUAUUGGAAAUAAGCCUCCAGUGGAUUUCUCUUUGGUCCUAUUCUGUUCAACAUUCUUAUCAAUAACUUUGAUGAAGAAUAGAUGGUAUGCUUCCCAAAUUUAUGGAUGAAUGAGAUUUUGAAGGAUAACUAACACAUUGAACAAUAGAUUCAGGAUUCAAAAAGCUAUCGAUAGGUUAGAAUGAUGGGUUAAGCUUAAUAACAUGACAUUUAAUAAAAAUAACUGUAUAGUCCUAUAGUUGGGACCAAAAAAAUCAAUGGCUAAGAAUGAGGCAGAUGUGGCUAGACUACAGUUCAUAUGCAACUUUAAGCUGUUCAGAAUAAGAGAGAUUAUACUCCCUCUAUAUUCUGCUCUGGUCAUACUAGAUCUUGGGCAAUAUUCAGUUCUAUGGAAUAUAUUUUAGGAAAAACAUUAAUAACCUGAGCCUUAGUUCCCUUAUUUGUAAAAUGGAAGCACUGAAACAGAUAAUUUCUAAGGUUUCUUUCAGCCCCCUCUAAAUAUACUACUCUAUAAUCAUACUAUGCUGGAGUAUAUCCAGAGGAAAGCAGCCAUAGAGAAGAGACCUGAAACUAUGCCACAUAAUUAUCAGUUGAUUAAAAUUAGGGAUAUUUAGCCUAAUUUCAAUAUGUGGAACUGUGAGGGUAGGGAAGGGUAGCAGUCAUCUUCAAGAAUUUUAAGGGUUGUCAUUUGAAAGAAGAAUUAGACUUGUUUUAUUUAGACCCAGAGGGCAAAAUUAAGAGUGAGUAGAAUUGUUAGAGAGGCAAAUUUUAUCUCAAGGUAAAGAAAAACUUUCUAACAAUGAGGACUGCCUAAAAAUGAAAUAGCCUGCCUCAACUGUUAGUGUGCUCCCCAUGCAGCCAACACUCAGAGGCUGGAUGACGAAAAGACAUAUAUGUAUUGGACUAUAAGACUCUAGGAUUUUUCCAACUCUGACACUAUAUCCUGAAACAUCUACUGCUUCUUCUUAAAUUCUAUCCUUUGCAGCAGGAAAUUAGACUGAGCUCUCAUCACAGUAAACAUUAAGUGAAAACUAUUUUUAUUCUAAAUUGGAUAUUCAUACAGAGCUUUAGUAAAAGAGAAGACUCUGUGCCAAGUCAGUAGAGCCUCUCCCCCAAAGAAUUCUCUACUAGCCAAAAGAACAACAGAAAACACAGGGUUGUGUCCAAAAUUCUUGGGGAAAGGGGUAAGAACUCAGGAGAAAAGCCAGGAGGCUGUUUCACGUAAACCAAAUAAAACUUUGGAUCCUCUUUAUUUCAUUGUCAUCAGCUGCCCUACUUAGGGCAAGAACAGUUCACAAUUUUUAAAACAUGAUCCACUAUUUCCACUUAAAGGACACCCACAUGUAGGGGGGGAAAGACUGUAUUCUCUUCCAUCAACUCAGUAAAUAGCUAUUCAUCCUCAUAAAUGAUUAGAUGCAAUAUCAAUUCAAUUCAGCAAGCACUUUCAAGUACCUACCACAUUUAAGGCACUGUGCUGGGGGGUGGGGAUACAAAAAGAAAAGAGAAACAGUUCCUGGUCUCAAAGAGCUUAUGUGUACAUGGCAGCACUCUUCAACAGGACUGGUAAGUUCUGCAUGAAAUGUGUCCUAAAUAGACAAUGAAGAUACUGACUGGUGUAAGUGCUAUACUCAAAAACGAUCAGGGAAAAUCAUGUUACUAUUUGGGAAUAGUUAUGUUUUGAGGGCUUAAGUUGUUAUGACAACAAUAGAGUCACCAGCCAGAUUCAAAACGUUACUGCCAAUUUAGGGAUUUUGAUUGUUCCAAUAACUCAGAGCAGAGUAUUCAAUUUAACAGUUCAGGACGAGCUCAGUUCCAACAGUUUAUAGAUUCAGAAUUCCCAAAUACUGGAGGAAAUGACAUAAACAUGAUAAAGUUAUAAUCUAAGUGAAUAGGAAGAACAGGAGGCAGGAAGGAAGCCAAAAUCCAGAUAAUGGAAUAUUAUCACUCCAAAAGUUCAUUUGACUUCAUCCAAGAGGGAUUUGUCAACUUAAAGUUUUAUCAACACAUUAUUUCAUUAACAUCUAAGUAAUAGGCAAGAGUUUCACAUAAUGUUAAGUUCCUUGGUAUUUACAGAGCAUGAUAUAGUCUUUGGAAGGAUUAUUUUCAUAUUCAAAGCAUGUUUUAUUACAGUUGUUUGUGUUGGAGUUUGGCCUUGAUAAUUAUAACAAUAACUCUCAAGAGCUGAAAGAAGAAGGAAUUUAUAUUCUUUUAUAAAGUUCAUUUAAUUAUGUCUACAGACACCAAGUCUAUGUUGGAGCAGAAAUGCAGCUGUUGGAGUUUUCUAAAUUAAAUUACUAUAAUUUAUGUAUCUAUUAAAAGUUAAUCCCCUCCCUGA